GGAGAAGCACUCCUCUCCUUCAGAUUGAGAGGAUGAAGAUGAUCGGUGCCCUGCUAGUUACUCUCUGGCUGUGUGUGCUCCCCCUCAGCAGCAGCUCCGAACGCUGUGAUGACUGGGGUGUGGACACCAUGAAACAGAUCCAGAUUUACGAUGGGGAACCUGCUAAGAUCAAAUGCCCUCUCUUUGAGACCUUCCUGAAGUACAACUACAGCACAGCCCAUUCUGCUGGUUUAACCCUGAUCUGGUACCGGAUUGGGCAGGACCGGGAUCUGGAAGAGCCCAUUAACUUCCGUCUCCCAGACAAUCGCAUCAGUAAGGAGAAAGACACCCUUUGGUUCUGGCCUGCCCUUCUCAAUGACACUGGGAAUUAUACAUGCAUGCUCAGAAAUACAACCUAUUGCAGCAAAGUUGCAUUUCCCUUGGAAGUGGUUGCAAAAGACCAACACUCCUGUGUCAGUCAUUCAAUAAAACCAGCUGAGGAGAUGUUCUACCUGGAGCACGCUUAUGAGAAGAUUAUAUGUCCAGAUGUUGAUGGGUUUUAUCCUGCUAGUGUAACGCCAACUGUCAAAUGGUACAGGAACUGCAAGUUGAUUAAUGACUUCUAUGAACGAUAUCCCCAAAAGUUCCAGCUUGUUAUCGGCGUUGUUCGCAGUGUGUACGAAGGGAAUUACACCUGCAUUGUGACGUUCAGGGACCACGGAAGAACUUACAAUCUCACUAGAACCAUAAAGAUGAAGGUUGUGGGCUCUCCCAACAAGGCCUUGCCACCACAGUUCAUCUCUCCAAAUGAGAAAGUUGUCUAUGAGCUGGACCCAGGAGAUGAGCUUGUACUGUCCUGUGAAGUCUUCUUUACCUUCUUGAAGGACUCCCGGACUGAGGUCUGGUGGACCAUAGAUGGGAAAAACACAGAUGACAUCAUGGACCCCAAGAUAAAAGUCACACAAAGUGAAAUUGUUGGAAGUUUUGAAGACAAAACUAUCAUAAAGACUAUAACAGUUCCAAAAGCCACACCAGAGGACUUGAAGCGCAAUUAUACUUGCUAUGCCAGAAAUGCUAGAGGGGAGAACCACAGCCAGGCCAUAGUGCAUAUGAAAGUGUUCCCCUUAAAAUACACCGGGGAUCUCGCCUUUGGACGGGGAGCAACCAUCCUGCUCGUUGUGGUGCUGAUAGUCAUCUAUCACGUUUACUGGCUUGAAAUGGUUCUCUUCUAUCGGGCCCAUUUUGGGACAGAUGAAACCAUUCUAGAUGGGAAGGAGUACGAUGUAUAUGUGUCCUAUGCACGAAAUGCAGAAGAGGAGGAGUUUGUGCUGCUGACGCUGCGGGGAGUCUUGGAGAAUGAGUUUGGGUACAAGCUUUGUAUCUUCGACAGAGACAGCCUCCCCGGGGGAAAUACCACUGAAGCCGUUUUUGACUUCAUUCAGAGGAGCCGUAGGAUGAUUGUGGUCCUCAGUCCUGAUUACUUGACUGAAAAGAGCAUCAGCCUGCUGGAGUUCAAGCUAGGCAUCAUGUGCCAGAACGCCAUCGCCACCAAGCUCAUCGUGGUGGAGUACAGGCCACUGCAGCGCUCCCACCCCAGCAUCCUGCAGCUGAAGGAGUCGGUCUCCUUCGUCACGUGGAAGGGGGAGAAGUCCAAGCGCGCCGGCUCGCAGUUCUGGAAGGCGCUGCGCCUGGCGCUGCCGCUGCGGAGCCUCAAGGCCGCGGCAGCGGGAGCGCCCUCCACACCUGGGUCGAGAGCCAAGCACCGGGCCAAGCGCUUCCUGGCCUGCCGGUGCUGUGUGAACUAUUGCCACGGCGAGGGCAGACUGCAGCACAAACACGGGGCUGCGGCCGAGGCCCGGUGGGAGACUCAUCUCUGCAAGCCGGGCUCAGGCCGGCCCGAGGUGCGGGGCAUUCCGGACAGGAGCCGGCCGGAGCCCCCACCAGCGCAAGUGCCUGCUCUCGCCCUCUGCCACUACAGUGAUUUAUCGAACAACAACGACUUCUACGUCCUCUAG